UGAUCCUUCACUAGAUGGCGUUACUUGCCCGGGUGUGGUGAAUAACCAUAGAGUGACGCGUAACGUGAGUCACAGUGGUGCACGAGUAUCUGUGCUGUACGCUUUUUGGAGUUCUUCUCGUUUCGAAGCUGCUAUAAAUCAGGAAUACAAACAUGUCUUCGCGUAAAACAGCCGGACGCCGUGCAACAACCAAAAAGCGUGCACAACGCGCAACAUCAAACGUCUUCGCGAUGUUUGAUCAAGCUCAAAUCGCUGAAUUUAAGGAAGCUUUCAAUAUGAUCGACCAAAAUCACGAUGGUUUCAUCGAUAAAGAAGACCUUCACGACAUGCUUGCCUCGUUAGGUAAAAAUCCUACUGACGAAUACUUGGAGGGAAUGAUGAAUGAGGCUCCAGGACCUAUCAAUUUUACAAUGUUUUUAACUUUAUUCGGCGAAAGACUUCAAGGCACAGAUCCGGAAGAUGUAAUUAAGAAUGCCUUUGGUUGUUUCGACGAAGAAAAUACUGGACACAUAAACGAAGAACGUCUUCGAGAAUUACUCACUACAAUGGGAGACAGAUUUACGGAUGACGACGUGGACGAAAUGUAUCGAGAAGCACCUAUCAAAGGAUCGAUGUUCGACUAUAUAGAAUUUACCCGAAUUUUAAAACACGGUGCUAAAGACAAGGAUGAACAGUGAAAGAUUUGAAAUAUCCCGUUCUUUAUAUCUGUUUGAUUGAGCGUGUAACACUUUUUAAUAUGGUUGAAAUUGUAAAGUUUCAAAUAUCACUUGUAUUUUAUAUAUCCUCUAUUAAUGAGAACAACUGAAAAUCUAGGAUUUAUAUUAUUUGUCGAACAACUGCCUUAUCUCUAGGUCCUAAAUGUACAAGUCCCAAAACACGUGAACAUUUGUCAUAUUCAUUUCAAAUCAAAAUGUUCAUAUAUACAACCUACGCGAACGGAGAUAAAGAACAGAAAAAUUAAUUCACAUCUUAAUACGAACUACAAUCACUGUAAAAUCGAUAGAAAAAAUUCGAUAUGUAAUAUAUAUUAUAUACUACAUUAACAUAUAGUUGUUAAAGAGUUGGUAUUUAUAUUUUAAUAUAAUAAUGAAUUAUACAUUAAAAA